UCAUUCUUGAUGGGACGAACUUCAGCGUAGCUUAGAUAACAUUCCCAAAAUGGAAACUUUUCACAUUUGUUGGCUUGCAAUUUUGAAAGAAGCAAACAAACAUAGAGCUUCAUUUGUAAAGAAAUCGGUUAAGGAAUUCGGGACUUCUUCAAAUUUUGAUUUGACUCCCAAUCGUCUGGAAUAUCUAUAUAAACAUGGAGCUUUGAUGAUUAAUCUUGUUGCUCAAGGUAUAUUAAAAUCGAGCCUACAGCUUCCCAAAAUUCUCGAUGCAUAUAAUCAAUUGAUUUCAAAAGAAAAUUGUAAAAUAUUUUCUCUCAGCAAUGGACCAGGUGUUGAAAUUGUGGGAUUUGUUUAUGGAUUUAAGAAACAUAUUAAUGCUAUCAAAAAUGUUUCCAUUUGUCUGGCCACUAAAUGUGAAGAAUGGAAGGCUGUUUCUGAGUCUUUACUAAGUGGAACUUUACAUUCUUCGUUCACUGAAGUGCUUGGGGAUAUAACUUUCUGUACUCCUUGUAAUUUUCAUUUUCUACCACAUGAAAUGACUGCUUUGAGUUCAGAAGUGCGUCAAAAUGUACAAUAUUGUGAUGUGGUGCUGAUGUUUAAGUCUUAUGAAUUUGCUCCUGAUAUAAAUUUAUUCAAAACAAUUUUAGAAGAAAUUCUUUCUCUCAUGAAAGAAGAUGCUCUUUUAUUUUUCUUUGAUGGAAAAACGAGAAUGAAAUUAUUUGAAAAUGUAGCUGGCUGUGGUGAAAUUUUAUAUGGACCUCAAAAAAUUAAAGUGAAAGAUAUUCCUUGUAAUGAUUCAAUUAUUAAAAUUGUCGGGCAAAAGCCGAACCAAGAAGGUAAUGUACGUUUUGCAUUAUGGAAAAAAACUGUACCUUCUAAGAAAUGCAAGGAAAUCAAGCCAACACAUGAAGCUAGUACUUCUGAAUUAUCACAAAACUUCAGUUCAUGCAAAACUGUUUUUAAUGACAGUAUACCACAAACUAAAUUAACUGCUACAACUAUUAAAGAGAGAAAUUUGCAGAAUUUCCUUUCAAAUGAAGAAAGUGGAUCUGAUAAAAGUAGAACGAUGUCUGAAAUUUCUCUCUCGAGCAAUCAUUCGACAAAUCAAAAACUUUUAAAAACUGACUCUUCCCCAAACCAAACUAUGGUCUUAAGAGUUAAUAAAGAGGAUUCAGGCUGUACAAAGAGUUCAAAAGUAUCCAAGUUGACAUGCAUUAAAGAUGUAAACUAUCAAAAAGAAAACACUGAUGAGUCUAAACUUGAUGUCAUGAUUGAACAUUGUGAAAAAAUGAUUUCUGAUUUAGAGAAGAACCUGGAAAAGCUUACUAUAAAAGCAGACUCUUCAGAGCCCUUACAUGAACACUGUUGCAUUCAUAAUAGAAAAAAUCCUCACAAUUCUUGUUGCCUAUCACAAUUGCGCGCGCCAUGCACCAUUUUGCAUUCACAAUGUUGUUGUAAUCAUUCUUGUGACCAUUAUGCAAGUCAUAAUGAACCAGUGAAACUCAAUUGUGCUCAGAGAACCUCUAUUUCUUCUGGAAAUAAUAUGCCGUAUUUAUUGAUACCUUUAGGAAAUGAAGCUUUGUUCACCGACACUGUUACUAAAUUACUGAAUAGAAACGAAUGAUCAACAAUUAUUAAUAAUAACAUUGUAAAAAAUGAUUUCUGAUUUAGAGAAGAACAUGGAAAAGCUUACUGUAUAAGUUCACCCUUCAGAGAACUUUCAUAAACACUGUUGCAUUCAUAAUAGAAAAGUUCCACACAAUUCUUAUUGCCCAGCACAUUUGCACACACCAUGCUCUAUUUAAUAUUCACAAUGUUGUUAUAAUCAUUAUUGUCAUCACUUUCCAAGUCAUAAUAACCAGUGAAAUUCAACUGUGCUCGGAAAAUCUAUAUUCUUCUGGAAAUAGUAUGCCAUAUUUGUCAAUACCUUUAGGGAAUAAAGCUUUGUUUACGAGCACUUACUAAGUUACUGAAUAGAAUCUAUUAAUUAUGUAAUGCAGAGAAAAGUCAAUGGAACAAUUUGAAUAUCUAGGCUGAUUUAUAAUGAUAAUGAAGGUUUGUUACAUUUUUUGGAUAAUUUUAUGCAGUAGCAUUUUCUACAAUGGCUUGUUGCAGAAGAUUUUUGAUAUGAUUGUUAUAUUAUUCAAAACUUUUUGUAAAGAAAAGAUACAUUUUAUUUUUUAUGACUAUUGCAUAAGACUAAAUCAAACUUUGUUGAAG